AUGAAGAAGUGGAGUAGAAUUACCAAACAUGACCAUCAGAAUUCGAGAGUCAAGGGAUUUAAAGAAGAUAGGAUAAGUGAAUUGCCGGAUGAAAUCCUUUGUCACAUACUUUCGUUCCUUCCAACUAUACAUGCGGUGCGUACUACUGUUUUGUCUACAAGAUGGAACAACCUAUGGUUUUCUGUUCCAAGCUUGGAUUUUGAUCAGACAGAUUUUCGUGGACUUGGAGGAUGGCGUGCAUUGAGGAAAUUCAUAGAUCGCAUGCUUUCAGUACGCAACUCAUCACACAUUGAAAAAUUCCAUCUUUUGUGUUGUUCUUUUGGAUUUGAAUACAAGGAUUUCUGUCUUUUCGAACCCUGGACAUUCACUCUGAGCAGGAAUGAUAUUUUUGAGCUUGACUUUUGCAUUGUUGCCGAUCAUCAUCUUCGGAAGCUAGAGCUGAAAUUGUCUGAAAAAGUCUUUAUUUACGAAACAAAUCUUGUUCAAGAAGUGGUUUCACAACGUAGCAUUGCUCAAGGUUGUUUCCCAAGUAAUCUCAAGUCCCUUAGUGACUUGAUGGGAUUUCUUUGUAUCAACUCUGCAGAAGUUGAAGAAGACAUGAGUAUAAAUGGCAGUUUUGGCAAACAACCUUUCUUUAGUUACCACAACUGUAUGCCUAGCCUGAAGACAUUGUCUACAAGAUUCGCCAUCCGAGAUGAUGAAGAACCCUCCACAAUUGCUCUCAAUGCUCCAAAUCUCGAAAACCUUAUCAUCGAAGUUCCUUGUGAUCUUGUGGCAUGUUCUCUUCCUGUUUUUGAGAAUUUGAAGCAAUUGAAGCUAUUUCAGCUUAGUAGCCUUGUCUGGUUGACUGAGUUUCUAAGGAGAUCACCUAAUCUAGAGUGUCGUGCCUUGGAUACUAGUCACCCCAAAUGGAAGGAUGCAGAUUAUAUGCAAGGUUUUCUUAAUGAGAGAUAUGUUCAAGGAUUCGCGCCGUUUAAUCCACAACUAAUUGUGCCUGAUUGCUUGUCGUCGCACCUCAAGACUAUCUCAUGGAGCAGUUUCAUGGAAGACAAGGAGGAGUGGGAAGCAAUCAGGUAUUUGCUUAAGCACGGUGAAGUUCUGAGUAACUUUACUGUUUCAACUUAUGUGUAUCUCACACCAAAGAGAGCUAAGAAGUUAUGCGAAGAAAUUUUAACAUUUCAGAAGCGUUCAGAAACUUGUGAGGUUGAAGUUAUUUAG